UGCCUCUAAAACAGCUGUUCGCCGGGCACAUGUAAUGCAGUGUUGUUGUUUGUGUGUUUUGCCGUUUACGUUGAUUUCGUUUUUAUUGCUAAACAAGUUUUUCCAUAAAUGAAAUGACAUAUCCAAUACCGCUCACGCACCUGUGAUUGGAAUUGCGAGAGCCGCGACCGGAGAGUCGAUCGCCGGACGACAGUCCCCGUUCCGGCUCUAUAAAUAUGGCUGCUCGUCAACUGGGCCGCUUAGUCCGUCGCAUUGGCAAGCCCACAUCGCUAGCCGCUAACCUCUUGAGCACUUCCAGUGCAGUGAGCUCCCACUGUACAGUGAGCACCCGACGCAUGGACCGAGUACGAUUGGCUGCGCCCACAGAUCAGCUGGCGGGAUCGUUUUCCGGUUCAGGUGCUAGCCUGGCCGAGCUCGUCUUAAAUCUCCCUUCACAGAACAUUAAUGGAAAUCAUAGUACAAGUAAUGAUAGCAACAACAACAGCAAAGCUGAGAAUGCCGCUUUUGAGGAGGCCAUAAAUCGGUUAAACGCUCUGCAGUCAAAUGAUGCAGCUAUAAGGAAUUCUAUGAAAAAUGGUCGCGUUGAUACCAAAGCGGAUACCGUUAAAUAUCUGGAGCGGAGCGGUCUGCCGCUUGAAACCGUCGAGCGGUUGUCCUUCAUCCAUGUAGCCGGCACCAAGGGCAAGGGCUCAACCUGCGCCUUAACCGAAUCCCUGCUGCGUCAUCAAGGCGUCCGCACGGGAUUCUUCAGUUCCCCGCACAUCCUGUCCACCAACGAGCGGAUCCGCAUCGACGGCCAGCUGUUGGCCAAGGCGAAGUUCACGGAGCAUUUCUGGAAGGUCUACAAUCGACUGUGGGAUCAGCGGGAAUACGACCACGAUAUGCCCGCCUACUUCAAGUUCCUGACCAUCCUGGGAUUUCAUGUUUUCGUCGACGAACAGGUGGAUGUGGUCGUUUUGGAGGUGGGUAUCGGCGGUGAGCACGAUUGCACGAAUAUCGUGAGAAAUGUGCGCACAGUGGGCAUCACAUCGCUGGGACUGGAGCACACGGAGCUAUUGGGUCGCACACUGCCCGAGAUCGCCUGGCAGAAGGCGGGCGUCAUCAAGCCCGGAUCGCAUGUCUUCACCCAUGUCAGUCAGCCGGAGUGUCUGCAGGUGAUCCGCCAGCGGGCGAAGGAGCAGGGCGCCAUCCUCUUCGAGGUUCCACCCACCAAGGAAUACUUCCUCCGAUCGGAUUUAUACGCUCCGAUUUGGGAGACCUUCACCGAUGUGAUUCGAUUGAAUGCAUCUCUGGCCAUUCAGCUGGCCGGCGAUUGGCUGUCGCAGGCGAGGGAGCCCCUGCGACAGGAGCAUGCUGCCAAUGAGAUCAGGAUGGAUCCGCAGCUGCUGCACGGGCUAACCAGCGCCCACUGGCCAGGUCGGUGUCAGUUGGUCGAGUGGCAGGGAUUGCGACUCCAUCUGGACGGUGCUCACACCCUGGAGAGCAUGGCCGUGUGCACGGAAUGGUUCGAAAAGAGCGUGCGUGACAGUGUAAAUCCAAAGAUCCUAAUCUUCAAUCGCACUGGGGAAUCCGGUUUCGAGCCUUUGCUGGACCUUUUAAAUCGCACCUGUGCCUUCGACAUGGUCUGCUUUGUGCCCAAUUUGGCCACCUCCACGCCAAAUGCUCCCAGCCAGGUGAUGGUUCGCUUUAGUGCCGAAAUGCAAUUGAAACGGGCGCGGGCCAUUGCCGAGGCAUGGAGUCACCUCUGCGAAAAGCAACAGCAAAAGGAUGUGGGCCAGGUGUACGAUACGCUAACCGACGCCUUUACCGCCAUCCGACGAAGAUUUCCCCAAACGGACAACGGCGGGCAACUGGAGGUGCUAGUCACCGGUUCCAUUCAUCUCUUGGGCGCAGCUAUAAGUGCCUUAGAUUUAAUCGAAGAGUCCCAAAACUAAGUGUCGCAUUCCUAGUGUUCGACCACUUCACUUAGAUCUAUAGGAUUAGAGUUAGUCGUAGUAAAGUCCCAGUAAUUUAAAGCGUCACAAAUGCGUCACGUAUUUGGAUGUUAAAAUAUUGUAAAAAUAUAGAAAUAUAUUGCUUAAGCAAUACUUUAUCCC